AUGACCAAUAAGAAGCCCUACGAGCAAAGAGCUCAUCAUCUUCUUGAUGUGACUGAUGACGAACCACCUCAAGAUAUCACAGAUGACUUUACAAUGUUAAAACAUUUGGAGCCAGAAGCAAACACUGUCAACAAGCUGUCAGUUAAGCCAUACCAGAUGGAGCUAGAGAUCAACAACAGCAGCAUAACUAUGGAACUGGACACAGGAAGUCCGUGGACCAUUGUUUCGUAUGAGACGUAUAAGAAAGUUGGAAAGCUAGGUACCAUCCGCCCAAGUAAAGUCAGCCUCAAGACGUAUACAGGAGCUAAAGUCAAAAUACUUGGAGAAGCAGAAGUCACUGUCAGAUAUGCUUCUUCUAAUCCUAAAGUCCUACCAUUGCUAGUGGUGGAAGAAGGAGUAAGUUUGAUUGGGAGAGAGUGGAUACAGCAAAUUCCACUGCCAUUAACCGAGGUAUUGUCACGCCACGCUGUAAAAGAAAGCACUGAGGGUGCAGCAACUACUAACAAACUGGUGACAGCCAACUUGAAGGAAAUGCUAAAAUCCCAUGAGCAAGUAUUUGAUGACAGCAGCCUGGGACAUCUGCAAGGUUUCAAAGCCAAACUGUACCCUGUGGAUGAUGCCCCUAAAUUCUACAAGGCCGCUCCAGUUGCCUAUGCUGCUAGACAGAAAAUCGACAAGAGUCUCGAUGAAAUGUUGGAGCAAGGAGAGAUUGAAGCCGUGAAGUUUGCAGAUUAUGCAUGCCCAAUUGUGGUUGCCCCAAAGCCUAACGGACAGAUUUGCAUCUGUGGGAACUACAAGCUGACUGCAAAUAAGGUGCUACGCUUGGAACAGUACCCACUUUCGACAUUGGAGGAUAUGAUGCAAGACCUCCAAGGUGGCAAGAAAUUCUCAAAAAAUGACCUGUCACACGCCUAUCAUCAAAUCGAGCUUGAUGAAGAUGCCCGCAAAUACACGACUAUCAAUACGCAUCGUGGACUGUACCAGUACACCAGAGUUCCUUUUGGACUGGCCUCAGCCCCAGCAUUGUUCCAGAGGACAAUAGAGUCCCUGAUAGCCGACAUACCCAUGUGCCGCCCAUACUUAGAUGAUAUUAUCAUCACAGGUAGAAAUGAUGCCGAUAAUCUGGCAAAUCUUGAAGCUGUACUCCAGCGAUUGGAAAAACAUGGGAUGAAAAUCAAGAAGGAGAAGUGUGAAUUCCUACGAGAAUCGGUGACGUAUCUAGGCCAUUCCAUUGAUGCUGAAGGAAUGAGACCGUUGGAGGACAAGGUACAAGCCAUUCGCUUAGCACCCGUGCCCAAGAACCAGGAGGAGCUGAAAGCGUACUUGGGUCUCCUGGGUUAUUAUCGCAAGUUUCUGCCAAACUUGUCGACACAGAUUGCACCACUGACCAUGCUACUGAAAGACGAGUACAAAAGUGGAACGAAGUGUAAAGCAAGCCAGAAGACUUCGACCAGCCCAAACUUCAAAUGGGGUCCAGCACAGCAACAAGCUUUCGAUACUUCCAAACAGUUGUUGGAAAGUGAUGCGCUGCUAGUUCACUUUGACCCCCGCAAGCCAGUGUUGCUUCAGACGGACGCUAGCCCUUAUGGGUUAGGCGCCGUUAUCAGCCACGAAAUGCCUGACGGAACAGAAAAGCCUAUAGCUUUUGCCUCCAGAACAUUGACGCCUUGUGAACGAAACUAUGCCCAAUAUGAGAAGGAAGGUCUUUCGAUUGUCUUUGGACUGAAAAGUUUCCAUAAGUACUUGCAUGGCAACCGUUUUCGCAUCGUUACAGACCAUAAGCCAUUGGUAUCGCUUUUUGGAGACAAGCCAGCCAGCCCUAUGUCUUCAGCCAGAGUAGCAAGAUGGCACAUGUUACUCUCAGCAUAUGAGUACACGAUCAUCCACAAAGCAGGCCGGCUUCAUACAAACGCAGAUGCGUUAUCACGACUGCCUGUAGAGAGCACCGUGGAAGAGAAAAUCCACUGGAUGCAUGACAUAUUGGAGGAUGAAUCAGCUGUGAAGUCACGCAUCAACUUGCUUGAUGACGUAGAUGGCCGACCAGUAGAUGCACAGGAAGUAAAGGUCUUAACAGACAAAGACCCGCUUCUUUCCAAAGUACGUAGCUACAUCCUGCGAGGAUGGCCAGAAGGACACAUCAAGGGAGAGAUGUCAUCUUACACCACCAAACAGUUGGAGCUCAGCUUAGAAGAUGGUGUUGUGCUGUGGGAUUCAAGGGUGGUGAUCCCACAAGAUUUCCAGCUACGUAAGCGCCUGAUGCAAGAAUUGCAUGCUACUCACCCAGGGAUCGUGAAAAUGAAGAUGCUGUCACGAUCUAACUUCUGGUGGCCAGGAGUUGACAAGGAGUUGGAAACACUCGUCAAAGGAUGCAAAGUCUGCCAGGAAAGCCAGAAGAUGCCCCAGCAGAGCCCGAUACACCCAUGGGAAUUUCCAGAGCGUCCAUGGCAACGCUUGCACAUAGAUUAUGCCUUAGAUGAAGGUCGAGAAGUGCUUAUUGUGGUCGACGCACACAGUAAGUGGAUUGAGGCAGUGCCAGUCAACUCUGCUUCAUCAGCGUCUACCAUCAAGGUGGUGCGGAGAAUGUUUGCAUCGCAUGGAAUCCCAGAUGUCAUUGCAAGCGACAAUGGCACACCAUUCGUGUCAGAGGAGUUCUUUACCUUUCUCACCAACAACGGAGUUGAACACAUACAAACUGUUCCAAAGCACCCAUCCAGCAAUGGUCUGGGCGAAAGAGCUGUUCAGACAGUUAAGAAUGGCAUGAAAAAGAUGAAAGGAUGUAACCUUGAGAUGAGACUGCAGAAGUUUCUACUUCAGUAUCGAGUUACUCCACAAGCAAGUACAGGAAAAAGUCCAAGUGAGCUCCUGUACAGACGUCAAAUACUUACCAAACUAGACAAGCUUCGCCCAGAUCUUGCCAAGAAGCUGAAACGACAGCAGAAUCAGAUGAAAGACCAGGCGGACAGAGGAUCUAAACCUAGAUGUUUUUAA